CAGCAUCAUCAAGAAUUUAAUUUCUAAGAAUAUACGUAAAAAUGACGAAAAUGUACAUCCUUCUAUUCAUUUUAAGUUUUGCUCUACUCUGUUCCUGUAAUACUAUUGUGCCUUUCAUCAAAGCUUGCAAAUUGAACGAAGAAGAUUGUCUCCUGACUGCUAAUAUGCAGAUCGCUUACCCGUACAUCGCCAACGGGAUUCCUGAAAUUGGAGUCCCGCCGACAGAUCCGAUGAAUUUUGAAAACCUUACAAUGUGGGCAGAUCAAGAUAAUUUCAAGUUUAUGUUGCCGCAUUUACAAAUUCGUGGAGGAAGAAGAUGUAGAGUCGUUGAAUUUAGACAACUCCGUGAUGAAUCUGCUAUGAAAUUCACCGUUGAUUGUCCAAUGAUAGGAACUGGUUCAUAUAAAUUUAAUGGAAAAAUGUUUAUAUUCGAUAUUGAUAAAGAAGGUGACUUCAGAAUGGAAACAAAUUCUUUAAGGACUACAAUCACCGCUAAAUUCGAUAAAAUAGUUAUAAAUGGAAAGAAUUACUGGAAGCUUCUGACCUAUGAAUUUUUCAGUGAGCCUAGAGAAUCCAUGAACAUAGAUUUGGCUGGACUUUUUUCAGGCGACGUCGAACAAGUUCAACCUUUAAUGAAUAUCAUCAACAAGGACUGGAUGACCAUAUGGCAAGUCGGCGAGCCCAUCGACAGUGGUAUUGUCAAGAACAUCUUCAGUGCUCUCAAAGCAUUCUUCAUUAGAGUACCAAUCGAUGAGUUUAUGCAGUAUUAG